AUGUCGUACGGUGUACCCAAAGAGUAUCGGGAGAUGCUUGCGGAGGCUCUGGAGGAGUCGAGCGGGUCUGAGCGGUCGCACAGUUCCGAGAGACCGCUCAAGCGACGGGAUCGACGUCGACGGCGGUCCAGGGACGUUGAGGUGGUGGAAGGCAACUCGUUACGCGUUUCUUCGCCUCCGUCAGGAGCAACAUCGCACGCCCCGAUCGAACUGUCCGACACAGACAACCGCACGUCGAGUCCACAGUCGGCGUCGCGGCCCGUCUCGGGAAACGAGGUGAUCAGCAUUGAUAGCGACGACAGCAACGACGACGACUACAGUGGUCUAGGAAGCGACGACUUUGAGGACGUGGACCUGAGUGGGGCCGCAUUGGACUACCAACAGGCCGAGGAACUGUCCGGAGAGAUCACCGUGACGGUCUCACGACCCACGAAACGCAAAGAGCGCAAAACUAAUCUCGUUUCUUCUGAUGAGCGCAUGUUCAGAAGAACGAUGCAUCUGAUGUAUCUGUUUGCGAUGGUGGGCCAUGGCGUGGUCAGAAACAGCUGGUGCAGCGACGCGACCGUGCUGAAGGCGGUCAGGGCCCGUGUACCGUCGAAACUCAUGAGACAGGUCGACCAGCACCACGAAGAGCAAUUAAACUCAGAAACCACGGCAGCCGCCAAGUCUCGGCGGUUACUGGAUCUUUUGCGACACCUGAUGAAUUACUGGAACAGGGCGUGGUCUGUGGAUGCGAAAAACCGUGGACUUUACAGGAAAUCGUGGGAAGAGAUUGCCAAGUUCUGGAACCAUCCACCGUCGCCAGGAGAGAGCCUGACCAAGGCCCGGUUCCUGAAACGUUUGGAAGGGUGUCGAGGAACGCGCGAUUUACAAGCGCAGGGGUUUGUUGCGCUGUUGAGGUCGCUGGAUAUUAAUUGUCGGCUGGUUUUCUCGUUGCAACCACCAGAUUUCACCAAUUUGGCAGUUUUAUCCCGACGCGAGCAAACAGCUCCCGAGAAAACCCCCUCCCCCGCAGCAACUCCGCGUAAACGCAAAGCUCCAUCGCAGCACGAACGACUGCUGUCGGCUCUUCGCGUGAACCGGCCAGCAUAUGCCAAUUUCCGUCCCGAGCAGCAGGAAGAAGUGCAGUACCCUGUUUUCUGGGUAGAGGUCUGGGACAGUGCCAGCAAGCGGUUCAUCAGCAUUGACCCUGCUGUGCAACGAUACAUCGAAGUUGUUGGGGCACGAUCCAAGUUCUACUGGCCCAACAACACCAGCUACGUGCUGGCCUUUGAUCGUCUAGGUGGUGUGAGAGAUGUUACCAGGCGGUACUGCGAGAACUACAACGCCAAAAUCCGCAAGAAGCGGAUCACCCGAGAUCCAAAGGGCCAGGAAUGGUAUGACAAGCUGCUUCAGGGAGCCAACUCGAAAGUCCGCUCCGAACCCAACAAGAUCGACCGUUUUGAGCAGUUGGAGUUUGAGGAGCGCUCGUUGAAGGAAGGAAUGCCCAACUCGCUGCAGGAUUUUGUGAACCAUCCUGUUUAUGUGCUGGAGAGCCAGUUAAAGUUCAACGAGGUGCUGAAGCCGAAAAUAAGCUGCGGAACCGUGCGCAAAAAGACCAAAGCUGGCCAGGCCGGGGAUCUGAUUCCUGUUUAUAGACGGUCGAACGUGGUUACCGUGCGGUCGGCCAAGGCGUGGUUUCUGCUGGGCCGUGUUUUAAAAGUCGGGGAACAGGCUCUUAAGGUGAAAGACCAGCGGAAGCAGCGACACGACGAGGACAAUUACGAGGCAGGGGACGACGAAGAAGAAGUGAGGCUUUACGGAGAGUAUCAGACGGAGAAGUACGUUGCGCCGCCGAUCGUGGACGGCAAGAUUCCACGCAAUGCGUACGGGAACAUCGACAUUUACCAGCCGUGGAUGGUUCCUGACGGGGCAGUGCACGUUGCUGACAAGCGAGCCGAGCGCGCGGCCCGGCUGUUGGAGGUGGACUAUGCGCCUGCUGCCGUUGGUUUCGACUUCGGUAGCGGGGGCAGGGGCCGCGGGGCGAGUGUGAGCGUCAAGAUAGUGGGGGCUGUGGUUUUGGAGGAGCACAGAGAGGCCGUCCAACUUGUGUGCGAGUACCUGCAGCAGCAAGAAGAGGACGCUGCCCGGCGCCGGCGUGAGGCUGGUGCGCUGCGUGUUUGGGCACUAGUGCUCGCGAAACUGCGCAUCACCCGCAGACUGGAUCAGGAGCACGGUUUGGUUGACGAGGAGGAAGAAGAAGAAGAAGAGAAACAAGAAGCAGCGGGAGGAUUUAUCUUUGGCGAAGCACAGUACAACCAAAAGGAACCGUCUGAAGAGCCGGGUGGAUUCGAAACUGGCGGGUUUGAGGUUGAUGCAGGUGGAUUUGAACCUCAAGAAGCUGAUUCUGGCGGAUUCAUGUCAGAACCUGUGGAUCAUGGUGGAUUUGAACCCGAGUCUACUGAGUCCGGUGGAUUCGUGCUGGAGCCGAUAAACCCCUCCCCACGACCACCGCCACCGGCCUCCUCCGAAACCUCUUCUCCAGCGUCGGACGCAGACGCUGCGUUCGACCCCUCUGAGAACUCCGAAGGCUACGACUUUGAAUAUAGCGAAUAA